CCGCGUCGGACACGGAUAUUCUACUACGUGUUCAGAUGAAACAGGAAGUUGACAUGUCACGGCUGCAGCAUUGUUUUUUAACACACUGAAUAAACACAUAUUGGCGUCGUGAAUUCACGAAUACUGCUGGGAGAGCAGUAUGUUACCGACGAUCUCCCCGGCGUUCCAUCACAAUGGCAGCUUGAGUGAGAGGGAUGCAGCACGUCACACCGCUGGUGCCAAACGCUACAAGUACUUGCGGCGACUCUUGCAUUUCAGACAGAUGGAUUUUGAGUUUGCUUUAUGGCAGAUGCUGUAUCUGUUCACAUCACCACAAAAAGUGUACCGCAACUUCCACUACCGCAAACAGACUAAAGACCAGUGGGCCCGAGAUGAUCCUGCUUUCCUGGUGCUGCUCAGCAUUUGGCUGUGUGUGUCGACGGUGGGCUUUGGUCUGGUUCUAGAAAUGGGUUUUGUGGAGACUUUGAAGCUUUUGCUCUGGGUCAUUUUCAUCGACUGCAUCGGAGUCGGGCUGCUUAUAUCCACACUCAUUUGGUUUGUCACAAAUAAAUACCUUAUGAAACAACCCAGCAGAGACCAUGAUGUGGAGUGGGGCUAUGCUUUUGAUGUUCAUCUAAAUGCUUUCUACCCCCUUCUGGUCAUUCUGCACUUUUUACAGCUCUUUUUCAUCAACCAUGUUGUGGUUAUAAGUGCAGACUGGUUCCUGGGUUAUUUCGUGGGGAACACAUUGUGGCUUAUUGCCAUCGGUUACUAUAUCUACAUCACAUUCCUGGGCUACAGUGCGCUUCCCUUCUUAAAGAACACAGUGGUGCUUCUGUACCCCUUCGCUUUGCUUGGACUCCUGUAUGUUCUGUCUAUCACGCUUGGCUGGAACUUCACUAAAGGCCUCUGCUGGUUCUAUAAGCACAGAGUCCAAUAGAGGGCGCUUAAGCACAUUGCUGAAGGGACAUUGGCAAAACAUUGUUAAGUCACUUUUUGGACUAUCUGACUUUUUGUAUCAUCUAUAAAUAACAUUUUAGUUGUAGAUAAAAACAAGAGGAAAGGACUUUGAAUUGUUUAUGGUGUCAAACAGAUGUUCUUUUUCAUAGUUUGAUAUUCAAACCUAAUUUAAAAUUGUGAAGUUUUUCUUGAAAAAUCAAACAUGGGUUGAAGUGCAUAAUAUCUGCUAUGAGAAUUGCUCAUUUUAUUUGUCAGAACAUGUACAAUAAAAGUAUUUUUAAAGAAAA